GUGUUCGUAUAGAUUGAUCUGUGUUCCGAGCGGAUUAUAAAAGCAUCGGAAACUCACAUACCCGCCUACUCACCAACAUUUUCGGCCCAGCAAAAUCACUAUGCGAUAUACGAUAUGACAUGUAGCUCGGUGGACAGGACGAACAACUGUCCAGCACGGAGUUGGCAGGCCGCCAGAUCCUGCCAAGAUCACCAUGGCUCGGAUAUCGUCCUCCGAGGAUUUUAAAGAACGGGGACCCUAUUAGUACGCAGUCAGAACUCCUCCCUUUCUUUGUACCGGUUCCUCCGCUUGUCCCUCCUCCCGUACACCUUCUCGGCAUGUCUACGAGGACCAGCUCCGUCACUGCCGCGUCCGCGGCGACGACCGUGGAUUCAAUACACCCGAUCAACAACCCGUAUGGCUACGUUCCGACUGAGUGGAUUUGCAUCUUGUUCAUAGUCCUCUUCGGUGUCUCCACAAUCAUCCACCUGGUGCAGGCGAUCCGCUCGCGCCUCUGGUGGCUGCUCAUCACGGCGUGUCUCGCAGGCAUCGGAGAGAUUCUCGGUUGGAGCGCACGACUGUGGUCAAACCAGAACGUGUCCAACAUCGAGCCGUAUAUUAUGCAGAUUACGACGACGAUCAUCGCGCCAACACCCCUUAUCGCGGCCAACUUCGUGAUCCUUGGGCAGAUCAUCCGCCGCAUGGGCCAGAGGUACAGCCGGAUAACGGCCAAGUGGUACACCAUCAUCUUCUGCACAUUUGAUCUCGUGGCCCUGAUAGUGCAAGCCGUAGGUGGCGCAGGGGCAGCAGGGGCGGUACAGAAGGGCAACGAUCCGACCCCCGGAGGCCACAUCAUGCUAGCCGGUGUCUCCUUCCAGAUGGUGUCGCUCGUGUUCUACGUCCUCCUAGCUUCCGAGUUCAUUUUCCGCUACGCGUACGACCACCCGUUUGCGCGCUAUGGGCAGUCCACGGUCGCACGGCGCAAGACGGAUCCCGAGACGAAGCAGAUGAUCUUCGGCUUGGUUCUCGAGGCCGUAUUUCUGUUCAUCCGGUCCAUCUACCGAGUGGUCGAACUCUCCGACGGCUGGAAGGGUAAGAUCAUCAGGACACAAUGGUACUUCAACGUCUUCGACGCUGCGAUGAUCGUCCUCGCCAUGUACACCCUGAACCUCUUCCACCCCGGCCGUCUCCUCGGCAAGGCCGACGCGUGGGCCAGCAAGGACGGCGAGCCGAAGAGAACGCGAUGAAGGGCUUCUCGCAAGAUUCUGCUUGACGGACGGGCAUCGCACCGAUGUGGCCUCAAUCGCGCGCUUGCAAGGGACCGCUCCUCCAACUAUACUAAUGUUCUAUAGAGCUGUACCCAUCUUCCACGAGUAAUGGAAACCAUCACAUUCGUUUACUCAAGCGGUGCGGGGCCAGAGGAGCGAG